AUGGCUCGUCUUCCAGACUCCUCGGACUCAGAAGACGACAGACCUCUGGCGACAACAGCAAAUGGUCACGCCAAGAGCAAUGGUAGCAACGUUAACGGAAAGCGCCCCUUGCCUAGCUCUAGUAGCGAGCUCACCGACGAUGACAAGCCUCUGGUGUACUCUUCAGACGAAGAUGACGACAAACCGAUUGCCCAAAUGACGAAGUCUAUUGCUGUUCCCAUGCCUGGUGCUGUUGAGAAGUCCGGUGUUGAGGAUGAUGUCCCCCUUGCAAAGGCCAAUGGACGCGCAUCCAGAGGUGGUCGAAGGCAAAGCUAUAAAGAAGAGGACUAUGGAGAUGAGGACGAAGACGACAGCGACGAGCCUAUUGCCAAACGAGCGGCGAAGAAACGGACGUCUACUGGGAAGGGGAAGCAGCCACCGAAGAAGAGGGUGAAAAAAGGUCCGGAUGCGGACGCUUCCUCCGAUGAGGAUAUUCCGCUAGCCAAACAUAAGGCCGCCAAAUCCAAGGCUGCACCGAAGCCCACAGAGAAGAAACGCAAGUCUGAACCCGCAACGCCCUCUGCUCAGAACGGAAGAGCACAGGUCAAGAAGGAAGAGAGUGUUUCUCCUGUUAAGCCGAGAGGAAAGACGGCGAAGAGCGAGGAGGCAGAUGCCGAGGCUCAGGCCAAAGCGGAAGAGGAAGCAGAGGAGGAGGAAUCCUAUAAGUAUUGGGAGAAAUUGAAUGCCGAAGGAGACGGCUCCCAGAAGUGGUCAACCCUCGAGCAUAAUGGCGUUCUUUUUCCGCCACCGUAUCAGCCCUUGCCGUCCCACGUGAAGAUGCUAUAUGACGGCAAAGUAGUUGAGUUGCCUCAUGAGUCCGAAGAAGUCGCUGGGUUCUUUGGUGCAAUGUUGGAAACACCCCACGCUCAGGAUAAUCAAUUCCGUAACAACUUUUUCGAGGACUUUCAGGCAGUCCUGUCCAAAUACCCUCCAAGGAACGGCAUAAAGAUCAAGAGCCUCGAUGCCUGUGACUUUCGACCUAUGUACGAACACUUCGAAGCCGAGCGAGCUAAGAAGAAGGCCAUGUCAACAGCUGAGAAGAAGGAGACCAAAAAGGUUAAGGAUGCACUGGAAGAGCCAUACCUCUACUGUAUGCUCGACGGACGCAAGGAGAAAGUAGGCAAUUUCAGAGUCGAACCACCUGGUCUUUUCCGUGGUCGUGGUGAACAUCCGAGGAAGGGCAGGCUAAAAUUGCGGCUCCAUCCGGAAGACAUGAUAAUUAAUAUUGGAGAAGGAUCGAAGAUUCCUGUUCCCAACAUUCCCGGUAAAUGGAAAGAAGUUAUUCACGAUAACACGGUCACGUGGCUUGCCAAUUGGAAGGAAAACAUUAACGGCAACUCUAAGUACGUCUUCCUGGCCGCCGGCAGUUCUUUGAAAGGGCAAAGCGAUAUCGCCAAAUUUGAAAAGGCUCGUGAGCUAAAGAAGCAUGUCGACCGCCUUCGGAAGGACUACACCGCCGAUCUCGGUAGCAAAGUUAUGGCCGAACGGCAGCGAGCCACUGCCAUCUACUUCAUCGACAGAUAUGCACUCCGCGCUGGUAAUGAGAAAGGCGACGAGGAAGCUGACACUGUCGGAUGCUGCUCCCUGCGCUAUGAACACGUGACGAUGGAGAAGCCCGACAAACUUAUCUUGGACUUCUUAGGCAAAGAUUCGAUUCGGUACUAUAAUGAGCUCAAGGUGGAACCUCAGAUUUUCAAGAACGUUCGCAUCUUCAAAGAAGGCAAGUCCGAAGGCGAUGAUCUAUUCGAUCGUGUUACGACUGCAAGCUUGAACAAGUAUUUGCAGUCGUACAUGAAGGGUUUAACGGCCAAAGUCUUCCGUACAUAUAAUGCGUCUAUCACGUGUCAGCAACUGUUGGAGAAGUUGACCGACCCGAAUGCUACGGUAGCGGAGAAGAUACUCUCGUUCAAUCGCGCAAACCGGGAACUCCGAGCCCUGAAGUACCAGAGACGGAAGCUGCGCCUUGCGUUGCUCACCCAAGAGCCUCAGCUAAAGAAGAAGAAGAAAGAACUUUUGGAAGAGGAAUCCGACUUGGAUGACGAAUGGAUUGCCAAUCAUGAGGAUGAGUUGCGCAAGAAGGAUAUCGAGAAAGCUGAAAAGAAGUUUGAGAAGGAAAAGGAAAAGGCUGCCGCAGACGGCGAAGACGAGCCGAAGGCGUCUGUUCUCGAAGGUCGUCUUGAGACCAUCAACGAGGAGUACGAUCGUCUCAAAAAGGAACGUGGUACAAAGACUGCUGAGCUCAAGACCGCGAAGUCGUCGGAGAAGAUCGAGGAGGCCAUUGAAAAGCUUGAUGAGCGGAUCAAAAACUUCCGGUAUCAAAUGACUGACAGGGAGGAAGGCAAGGAAGUAUCCCUAACUACCUCCAAGACCAAUUACAUCGACCCCCGUAUCAUCGCUGCAUGGGCGAAGAAGCAUGAGGUGCCGAUUGAGAAAGUGCUUCCCAAGUCUCUGAUUACUAAAUUCCCAUGGGCGGUUGAAGUGGACGCGGAUUACAUCUUCUAG